UCGCUGUUACCAUCUCAGGAUGACGCGUCCGGACACUGAAAAUUGAGUGGAAGAAAACGAUUUCUUUCCCUGGUCAGGAAAAGUCAGCAAAGCAGCAAUAAAAUGUGGGGAGAUACUCUUUUAAUAGUCUUUAUAUCUAUAUGUACGGCAUUUCUUGGCGAAGGGCUGACAUGGGUGCUCGUCUACCGGACGGACAAGUACCAGAAACUCAAGGGAGAAGUGGAGAAACAGAGCAAAAAAUUGGAGAGACGCAAGGAAAUCCAUGGAGACUCAUUGGACAAACAUCAUAAAAAGAAAAUUGAAAGGGAUGAGGAGAGACUGAAGAAUAACAACAGAGAUUUAUCUCUGGUGAAGAUGAAGUCAAUGUUUGCCACGGGAUUUGCCUUCACGGCUCUCCUCAGUAUGUUCAAUAGCAUUUUUGACGGACGAGUUGUAGCUCGGCUGCCUUUUGUGCCAAUUUCCUGGAUUCAGGGGCUCAGCCAUCGAAAUCUUCCCGGUGAUGAUUUCACAGAGUGUUCAUUUAUUUUUCUCUACAUCCUCUGCACCAUGUCCAUCAGGCAGAACAUCCAGAAACUACUGGGAUUCGCCCCAUCGCGAGCUGCCAGUAAACAAGGUGGAGGACUCUUUGGUCCAGCUCCUGGACAAUUCAAAUAAAUCCAGCCAGAAAAAUCAGAUGGAUGUGUAGCUACAAAGUGGAUGUUUAUUUCCCACCCCAAAAAUAUUUAUUAUUACACUAUGUUGGCUUCAAACA